AUGUCUGAAAAAAAUUCAAUUUCAAUAAAGUUAGUUGCCUUAGGUGAUGGUGGUGUUGGCAAACAUGACAUUCUGUUGAGUUAUUUAAAGGAUCAUUUAACACAAGAUUUUGUCCCUUAGGUGUUUGAAAAUUAUACGAUUUAAACAGCUUUUGAAGGCAAGACAGUUAAUUUAAGUUUAUGGGAUACUGCAGGAUAAGAAACAUAUAACAGACUAAGGCUGAUGUCUUUUUAAUCAUCUUCUCAGUUAUUGAUCAAGAAAGCUUCUAAAAAUGCAAUCAAUAAAUGGUACUAAGAAGUGGAAACUCCUGAAUUAAAAUAAGUACCAAAAAUAUUUGUUGGAAAUAAUAAAGACAUGAGAAAUGUAGCAAAUCCAAAUCAUGUUUAGUAUGAAGCAGCUAAGUCAAACAUAAAUUAAUUACAAUGUUAGUAUCUAGAAUGUUCUACAUAAACAUAGGAAGGUGUUAAAGAGAUUUUUGACUUGGCAAUUAGAAAUGUAGCUUUAGGUAAAGGUGUCAACUCUUAAAAUGCCUCAAGUAAAAAAAGCGAUGGAAAAGAAAAGUGCCUAAUAUUUUGA